UGGGCCACAUGCGCGUGCUGCACAGCCCUCUGAGUUCUUUCCAGCAUGGCGGCCAUAGGAGUUCAUUUCGGAUAUACUUGUGCUUGUGCUGCGAUAUUUAAGGAUGGGCGGGCUGAUGUGGUGGCUAACGACGCAGGAGACAGAGUGACUCCAGCUGUGGUGGGCUACAGAGAGACAGAGCAGAUUGUCGGCAUCGCAGCAAAACAAGGACGGGUCCGCAACGCUGCCAACACAGUUGUCAAAGUGAAACAAGUGCUGGGGAGAAGCUUCGAUGAUCCAGAGACACAAACCCACAAAACAGAGACCAAGUGUCAGGUGGUCAACAGACAGGAGAAGCCUUAUUAUGAGAUCACAGCGGGAGAUCACCCAGAGUAUGUCGCUCCAGAUGAUGUUGCAAAACUCAUCUUCCACAAAAUGAAAGAAACGGCUCAGUCGGCUCUUGGCUCCGAUGUCACCGAGGCGGUCAUCACUGUCCCUUUCGAGUUUGCACAUGCUCAGAAGCGCUCGUUGAGGGAGGCAGCUGAAGCUGCAGGCUUCCAUGUGCUGAGGCUGAUCCACGAGCCUGCUGCGGCUCUGUUGGCCUAUAACAUAGGACAGGAGUGUUCUUCUGGAAAGAGCCACGUCGUCGUGUACAAGCUGGGCGGGACGUCCCUGAGUGUGACGGUGCUGCAGGUCAACGGAGGAGUGUUCCGGGUCCUCAACACCCACACCGACCACAGCAUCGGAGGAGAGAGCUUCACCCAGGCGUUGGCCCAGCACCUCGCCGCCGAAUUCAAACGGUAGCUACUGUGUUUCUUUCUGCUGCUCCCCGAGACUCUCAUCACACUCAGUCACUCGUUUUCUAUGAUGUGUAACACACUUAUAGGAAUAGUUUGGAGAAACGGAUAGGAGUACCAGCACGGGAGCAAAGCAAAAUGUAUUUCAGUUUAAGUGUACGCCACAUUUAGAAUAU